AGUAUUCAAAGGUCUAGGAUGACAUCUGGUGUAUUGACUAUAACCAGCCUUAAAUCUGGUUACUGCCGUUUGGAACGUGCCGCUGUAAACCAGUUUUAAAAAGGCUUUUCCUGUUAAUUCACGGCUCACUGUGCCUCUUGUUUCAGAGGGAAGAAAAGCUGAGUUAGUAAUCUCAAUGGACGCAAUACUGAAUUACAGGUCAGAAGACACUGAAGAUUACUACACGCUCCUGGGAUGUGAUGAACUGUCUUCGGUUGAACAAAUCCUGGCAGAAUUUAAGGUCAGAGCCCUGGAAUAUCACCCCGACAAGCAUCCUGAAAACUCCAAAGCUGUGGAGACUUUUCAGAAACUGCAAAAGGCAAAGGAGAUUCUGACUAAUGAAGAGAGUCGAGCCCGCUAUGACCACUGGCGAAGGAGCCAGGUGUCGAUGCCAUUCCAGCAGUGGGAAGCUUUGAGUGACUCGGUAAAAAUGUCAAUGCACUGGGCUGUCAGAAGUAAAAAGGAUCUGAUGCUGGAAGAAUCUGACCAGACUCAUACCAACAAGAUUGAAAAUGAGGAAGGGAACGAGCAAAGAGAGAUAAAGAAAGAGGAGCUGGAUUCAACCACAGAGAAAAUGGAGCAAAAAGAAUCUGAGUCCCUGGAGAAGUCAUUCUCCCCACAAAAUCCAGAUUCUCCAGGUUCUUCAGAUGAGAACCGCUGGCACCUUCAUUUCCGCUGGUCUGCAGAUGCUCCCUCAGAACUCCUGAGGAAAUUCAGAAACUAUGAAAUAUGAAAUGUCCCUGCUCCAGGAAUGAGAGAGCGCAAGACCAUCUCCUGUGCUGCCAACAAGCAGUCUUAGUUCAAAUCUUAAAGAUGUUAUGUUUAUGUGUCAGGUUUGUGAAUCGCUGAGUACUGAUUGCUUCCUCCAUCCUUGAACCCAUUCUCAGGAUGUGUUAGUUAAAUGAGAAAAAUUUUAGAUGUUUCUUUUAAUAUUUAAAUAAACUAAGGCUCUUAGAUUCAAAGUAGCUUGUAUUAUGUGCAUUUCCCUGUUAAUGUUAUUUAUAGAAAUCUAUCUAAAAAGAUCUAUCUCUGUAUUUAAAUAUUUCAUUGAUACACCAUGAUCUUUAUUAGUGCUGGAUGUACAAGAAAUGUUUUCUGACUCUUGACUUAAAAUGAAAUGUGAAAUUACUUGUCUAAACCCUAUAGAGUGAAAUAAACAAUUUUCCCAAAGUUCAUGAUGAAUUUAUAA